ACUGUAAAUGCUGGAAUUAGAAGUCUCUAUUUGACACCUUCUAUGAAACCAAAACCUAGUUUGUCCAUUGAGAGCAUGCCAUCAGAAAUGCUGUUGAAGAUAUUUUCCUACUUGGAUGCUGUGUCCCUGUUGUCUGUUGGUUGUGUGAAUAAGCACUUCUAUCAUCUGGCCAAUGACAAUGGACUCUGGCUGAAAAUCUAUUCCAGUUGUUUCCAACCAAAAAGGACAAUUUGGAAAAUGAAUUCUGAACAAACAGAAACUGCUCCCUUGGGCUGUGCUGCUCUACAUGAUAGAAAACCUGGGCACUGGAAGAAAGAAUACAUCUUCAAACAAAUAGCUGCUGUCAAAACUAGAGUAAUGCGACUUGUUAAACCUGUAGAUCCUUGUACAGGUCUUCCAUAUAAAAACAAAGAAGCUAUGAAAGCUUCUGGCCUGAGUUGGAUAAUUGUUCUAAAGGACAAAAAUGGAAAGGAACAUGUAAUGGAGAAGGCAAAGCUAUCAUUUAAAGACACAUCUGUUACUAUACUUUGGUAUAGUACAAAUUUGCCAUGCUUGGACAUCCUGUCAACCCUAAAACUAUUUGGAGUUACACCAUUGCUUCCUGACCAAGGCAGAACUCCCAGUAAGAGUGGACCUCGAAGACGUUCCUUAAUUGCUGAAUACCAUCUUGCUAACCUGACUGAAAGCAGCAUACGAGUUGGUGCUGAUAAGCUUGUCCAGCUCUUCAGUCUGAAUCCAGGACUCUUAGUAGGACUUUGGAAGGAGAAAAAUGAAAUUGCUUUUGUUAUGGCGAGUCUUCAUUAUCAUCAACUUUUUGAGAGAAGCACUUUGGGUUCUGCUACUGUUCAAUAUGCCCUCCCACCUAAGAAGCCUGUUUUGGAUGAUGUAGACCCAGAAUAUGGACUGCAUGACUACAAUCUACAUCUUGAUAUGCACGGUAGAAGCUGCACCUACCUGUGUGGGACAUUCAAGAGUCUCUUCUGCAGAAAAGGUAGAGUUGACAGAACA